UUUUAACACAAAGUGAUUUUGGCACCUGCAGAAAGUAGCCACCAAUUUGUGCUUCAUGCCAAGCAGUCUGAAGCCAUGUCCGGUGAUCAGAAAGUGCUGUUAAAAGGGCAUUCGUCUCAGUAUGUCAAGCUGAAUGUUGGUGGUCGCUUAUAUUAUACUACAAUCGGAACACUGACGAAGCAUAAUGAUACAAUGCUAAGCGCUAUGUUUAGUGGUCGCAUGGAGGUGCUAACUGAUUCAGAAGGUUGGAUACUAAUAGAUCGCUGUGGAAACCAUUUUGGAAUCAUACUCAACUUCUUGCGCGAUGGCAGUGUCCCAUUACCCGAAACUAACAAAGAAAUAGCUGAGCUACUUGCAGAAUCAAAAUACUACUGCAUUACCGAGCUUGCAUUGUCAUGUGAACGGGCACUAUAUGCACACAUUGAGCCAAAACCUAUUUGCCGCAUUCCAUUGAUAACUUCGCAAAAAGAGCAACAACUUCUAAUCAGCGCGUCUUCGAAACCGGCAGUUAUUUUAGUGGUGCAGCGACAAAACAACAAGUAUUCAUACACAAGCACAUCCGAUGACAAUUUAUUAAAAAAUAUUGAACUUUUCGACAAGCUCUCUCUGCGUUUCAACAAAAAAAUUUUAUUUUUAACACAAAAAUUUUGUUAUUUUUAUAACCGAAACUAA